AUUUUGUUAACAAGAAGUGGAAGAAAAAAGAAGAAGAGAUAAUUUCAUGGAUCUGAAAGAAACUGAGCUGUGUUUGGGGUUGCCUGGUGGUGGAGAAAGAGAUAAAAUCAAAGGGAAAAGAGGGUUUUCUGAAACUGUUGAUUUGAAACUUAAUUUUCAAACCAAUGAUUCUUCUUCUGUUAUGGAUCUCAAGGAGAAGAUCAAGACUCCUACUACCAAAGAAAUUGUUUCUAACAAGGAUUCAGUCAAGCCACCUGCCAAGGCACAAGUGGUGGGUUGGCCACCAGUGAGAUCUUUUAGGAAAAAUGUAAUGGCACAGAAAAACAACACUGAAGAAACUGAAAAGAGUAAUGCAUUUGUGAAGGUUUGCAUGGAUGGUGCACCUUACCUACGUAAGGUAGAUUUGAAGAUGUACAAAAGUUACCAACAACUUUCUGAUGCUUUGGCCAAGAUGUUUAGCUCCUUUACUAUGGGAAAUUAUGGGGCCCAAGGAAUGAUAGAUUUUAUGAAUGAAAGCAAGCUGAUGGAUCUUCUCAAUAGUUCUGAAUAUGUACCCACCUAUGAAGAUAAAGAUGGAGACUGGAUGCUCGUGGGGGAUGUACCUUGGGAGAUGUUUGUCGAUUCAUGCAAGCGUUUACGCAUAAUGAAAGGAUCAGAAGCUAUUGGACUUGCACCAAGAGCUAUGGAGAAAUGCAAGCGCAGGGUUUGAAAACUCCAUAGAAGGCUUAAAAAAAUAUGUUGAAGAAGCAGCUUUUGUGAUUGUUGUUUCCAUUUGUCUGUAUUUUUAUUUUAUAGUAUAUAGUUUUUAAUUAAAAGAAGUGAUCUUUAAUUUGGACAUUUGUAAUAGACAAGAAGCAAUAAACUUAAAAACCCUCUAUUGUGUCUUGGCUUGUUAAUUACUUAAUUAAUGGUUUGCUUUGUUGUUCUUG